GCCACUUUAUAAUUCAGCCAGCCUUCAUUUCUUUCUAUAUCGUCUAACAACAACGGAGAAGAAGUCAAAACUCUAAACCCAUGGCUUCGUCUUCUUUAACUUUCUCUCCUCUACACCUGCAAUUUCCUUCAUCGAAAUUACCUCCUUCUAAACCCUUCAAAUUUGAGUCCACUCUCCAUCCAAUCAAAGCAUCUGUAUCAGAAAAACAAUCCAUUGCACCACCAGCUCAGUUGCCUUCAACACCACCGGCGACGGUGGUGGUACCAGAACUCAAGAAGCUCCCUAUACGUAAAAUCCCAGGAAACUACGGGCUUCCCUUUAUCGGGCCAUAUAUAGACAGACAAGACUAUUUUUAUAACCAGGGAAGAUAUGAAUUCUUCAGGUCUCGAAUUCAAAAAUUCAAGUCCACAGUUUUCAGAACAAAUAUGCCGCCGGGCCCUCUUAUAUCAUCUAGUUCUAAAGUAAUAGUCUUGCUCGACGGAAAAAGUUUUCCGGUCUUAUUCGACACGGAUAAAGUCGAAAAGAAAGACUUGUUCACAGGAACUUUUAUGCCGUCGACGGAACUCACCGGCGGAUACAGAGUUCUAUCGUAUUUAGACCCAUCUGAGCCAAGCCACGCUAAAUUGAAACAAGUCAUGUUCUUUUUACUAUCUUCUCGUCGAGAUAAAGUGAUUCCUGAGUUCCAAAACUGUUAUACUGAGUUGUUUGAGAAUUUGGAGAGGGAUUUGUCUAGCCAAGGUAAAGCCAGCUUCAGCCAAGCUAAUGAUCAGGCCGCGUUCAAUUUCUUGGCUAGAUCGUUAUACGGUGCAAACCCGGCUGAUUCCAAUCUGGGAUCCGACGGACCCAAUCUGGUUAGCAAAUGGGUGUUAUUUCAACUGCAUCCAUUGCUGAGUCUUGGUCUACCUAGACCAAUAGAAGAUGGGUUUCUUCAUAAUUUCUCUCUGCCGCCAUUUUUGAUCAAGAAAGAUUAUCAGAGAUUAUAUGAUUUCUUUUACCAGAACUCGACUCCGGUUCUUGAUCAAGCCGAGAAAAUGGGUGUAUCACGUGACGAGGCUUGCCAUAAUCUCCUCUUCGCCACGUGCUUCAAUUCCUUCGGCGGAAUGAAGUUCUUCUUCCCCAACAUGCUCAAAUGGGUCGGCCGAGCAGGGCUCAAACUGCACACAAAAUUAGCAGAAGAAAUCCGAUCGGUAAUCAAAUCAAACGGUGGAAAAAUCACGAUGGCUGCCAUGGAACGCAUGCCGCUGAUGAAAUCAACGGUGUAUGAGGCCCUCCGUAUCGAACCACCGGUUCCAUCCCAAUACGCCAAAGCCAAACGAGAUUUCAUAAUCGAAUCUCACGACGCAGCUUUUAGAAUCAAGGAAGGCGAAAUCCUAUUCGGGUUCCAACCAUUUGCUACAAAGGAUUCGAGAAUCUUCGACAGGUCCGAGGAGUUUUUGGCCGACAGGUUCGUAGGUGAAAAUGGGGAGAAAUUGUUGAAGCAUGUUGUAUGGUCUAACGGGCCAGAAACGGAGAGGUCGACCAUUAACAAUAAACAGUGCGUCGGAAAAGAUUUUGUAGUGUUGGUUUCACGGUUGUUACUGGUGGAGAUGUUCCUCCGCUACGACUCGUUUGAUAUUGAAGUGGCGCCAUCGCCGUUAGGUGCCUCCGUCACUUUAUCAUCUCUUAAAAGAGCUUCCUUCUAAACGGCGUUAUUCUUUCAUUAUUCAUUGUGGGGAAAAUGAGAACCUAUUGUUCGUACAAUUAAGUUACUUGUAUGUUAGUUUUUAAUUUGCUAGAAGGAAAUUGUUUGUCAAACUUGGUUAAUAAUUUUGCUAGUCAAUAUUCAAUCAUCCAAA